AUGACAAUUAAGUUAGUCGUUAGAGGGCUCACCUUAAAUAUUAUUAGUGCCUACGCGCCACAAGUGGAGUUGGAUGAGAAGAUAAAAAGGCAUUUUAGGGAGGACUUGGACGAAGUGGUGGUAAGUAUACCGCCUACUGAGAAGUUAUUCAUAGGAGAAGAUUUUAAUGGCCACAUUGGGUCUAUUUCGACGGGCUAUGAUGAGGUGCAUAAAGUAUUUAGCUUUGGGAACAGGAAUGGUAGAGGAGUCUCACUCCUGGAUUUCGCAAAAUCUUUUGGAUUAAUGGUAGCCAACUUGAGUUUUUCGAAGAAGGAGGAGCACUUGGAUGAUAAAGGCAUCUGUAAGGACUGCAAGGUCAUACAAAGUGAGAAUCUUACAAUCCAACAUAAGCUAUUGGUGAUGGAUUUAGAGAUAAGAAGAAAGAAGAAGAAGAUGGUCGUGGAUGAUCGACCGAGGAUUAGGUGGGGUAGUUUGACUCUAUCUAGUAUCCUAGAGAUGGGGGAGAACCUGAUGGCUAUGGGGGCGUGGGAUUGUAUAGGGAUGCGAGCAGUAUAUGGUAUAGGAUGA